AUGUCUGCUGACGUGGACACCAUCGCGCGGAAACCGCAAUUUGCCAUUGUGAAAUUGGGCACUGAUGUCGAUCCGGCUGAGUUCUACGCGCUGCUGUCCUCGAAAGGUCACAUGGAAGUUUCGUUUGUGCAGGAUCUCUGGGAUUCUCCCUACCUACAGGGACGCAAGGAUGAGCUCAUGAAAGAGAUACAAAUGAACGCCACCAUUGACGCGGUUUCUUCGGGAAAGGUGACUGAGGAUUCGCCGAACGGAUCCACGAGAUUGGCUUCACCGAAAGAGAUUGAGAAUAUUGAUGUGAAAGCGGAAAAUGAGGUCAAGGAAGUGCCGAUCAUUUUGCGACAAGAAUCAUCAUCACCUGAGGCUUCUGAGCUCUCCGUUGCGGCUUCGUUUCCCAUUAAACCGAGAACCGUGACAAAGACCUCAAAAACGAAUCCAAAUGCGCCGAUGAUUAAAUGCAAUUUGUGCGAUAAUAUGAUCAUGGCGACAAGACUCUCAAAUCUAACAAAUCAUGUGCGACGACACGCCUUUUUAAAGCAAUACUCGUGUGUCUAUUGUGAAUACAAUCACAAUGAAAUGGCAAAAGUACGCCUUCACAUGUUACACAAUCAUAAAGACGGUGAAAAUUCCCCGUUGGACAAUUUGACACCGGAGAUGCAAACACAAUGGGACAUGUUGAUGACACAGUGCUUUCCCGGUUUUGAUCCAAAGACGCUGAAAGGAGUGCGCAGUGAAGGAACAACGCAAACGUGUAUCGAAUGCGGAGAAGCGGUCAAAGAGAAACACCUUGAGGCACAUAUACAAGCAAGACAUCAUGAGGAGUGCCAUCCGUUUUGUUGCAAGAGUUGCGGAUACGAGAACGCGGAUGAGUGGAAAGUUCGGUUACACAUCAUUGUGAGACACGCCGAAGAGGCGGCUGGCACCUAUCCACAACCACUUCCACCCGAUACACGAUGGGGAUUGUAUAAGAGAAAAUAUUUCCCCUCAUUGCCCGGUGCUGAUGAAGAAGAGGAGAAACUCUUUGAUCAAUUGAAAGCUAUCUCGAAGAAAGAUCAUCGCAAUGAGGGACCUAUCCAAAAGGAUAAAGUUCAAUGCAAAAUUUGCAGCAAAAUGAUCGAUUUUCCUAAUAAUGCUCUUCACACAUUGUUACUUCAUGCGAAGACACAUUGCACGACAAAGCCUCACACAUGUUCAGUCUGUGGCUUUGCCUCUUUCGUCCCGGCACCCGUUCGAUCACACAUCGCAACUGUACACGCCACUGAUCCCACUGCAAGUGUUGUUGAGGCUGGAACAAAAGAGUUACACGUGGCCUGGUUGACGACGAUGCUUCAAUGUUAUCCAUAUUUUGAGCAAAGGAUAAAACGAUUCCGAUACAAAGGGAAAUCUUGGGUUGAGGAUGGAGAUGAACCACCGGCGAAGAUCUCCAGAGCGGACACGAUAUUGCAAAUAGCCAAUACUUUGCUGACGAACUCGGUGGCUGCCAGU